CAUGAUAACGUUCGACAAAAAGUGAAAAUGCACAUUAUAAAUUAUGUAUUACACUUUUUACACUUAUUGUUAUCAGACCACUUCAAUGUUAGAAAACCUGAUGUCAUGGGACAGUGUUUGAAGUGCUUUUCAAUCUAUCCGUCAAGCGAAGAAAAAAUGAGAGAGAGACAAGUAAUACUUUACAAUCAAAUUUUCUAUUUAAAUGACAUGCUAGAAUCGCUCAAUGAUAGAAAUAUACGAGCCGAAAUUAAGUCUUUAGAUUUUCGAUCAGAAACAGCAGUCAAGGAAUCGGAAUAUCAAGAACAAAUAAAUGCACUCGAAAACAGAUUGCAACAGCAAAAUGUUAUCAUGCAACAAUACCAAAUAUACGAGAAAAACUAUCAUAAUGAGAGACAAAGAAUAACAGAACUGCAAAAUGAGUUAGCUGGUUUGAAGCAACAGAAAAAUGUUAUAUAAUCUUUUUCCUUCCUAACAUUUCGUAUUUUCUCAAGAAGUUUUACUUGAAGAGGAAAUCAAAACAAAGACAUGCGCCAAAAAUGUGAUAUAAGAAGAAAUGAUAUUAUUGAAAUUAAGUCCAAUUAGUUGUAUUUAGAAUUUCAGUUUUUCAAGAUGCAAGUAUUUUAAAGCUUGUUAUUUUUUUAAGCAAUAAACGUUAUCAGAGUCUUUCUUUAUCUUA